GGAUAAAUGAUUCAACAACCGCUAGACUUAAUUUUGUUGGCACUGGAUGAAGAAAUACUUGUCAAGUUACGUGGAGACAGAGAACUCAGGGGAAAGUUACAGGCUUUUGAUCAACACAUGAAUUUGGUAUUGAGCGAUGUUGAAGAAACUGCGUUGAAGGUGGAAGUGGAUGAUGAAACGGGAGAAGAACUCAUAAAGGCGGUGAAAAGGAAGAUGCCAAUGUUAUUCGUCCGUGGAGACGGUGUGAUAUUGGUUGCGCCACCGCUUCGAACUGCAUAAGGUAAGUUGCUGCUUUCUUUAGCUGCUCGUAGCAUCCUAAGAUGAUGAAUCUUUACCUUGAAUGCUAUUAUGAAGACGAUACAUGAGAUUUCUGAUAUUGAUUCGUGAUAAACUUUAUCUUGAACAGAUUUUGAGAAACUAAAAACAAAUAUUCUAGGUUGCUUUUUGUUGGAAAGUUAUAUAGUACAAGCUGGAGUGUACCCUUUGAGUGUGUUAGGGAAGGAGAAAAGACUUGUGAAGGGUAUUGUGAACUCACGUUUCGUAUUUAUUUUUGUUUGUGGGUUAUUCUACACGAUUACCAUCUCGCCUUUUAUAAAAGCUGGACUUAAUACUUAUCUACGCAGGAUUUUCAAAUCGACUUGCUUUUUCAAGGCGUUCCAAGUUUUCGAACUAGUAGAACUGUAACAA